AUGAGUUCCAAAAGAUCGAAAAGAAGAAAAGAGGCCAAAAGCAAGGAGGUAAAGAAAGACUUGACUCCCCAGUUUGUGAACUGUGACCUUGCGGACAACAAGUAUUCUGGAAUAAUCCGGGAGGAUCAUUUGGGUUCUCAGUUCUUGGAGGGCCUCGCAUCCACAUACAUUUGGUCAACCGGCACCAAGUAUGAAGGGCCUUUCAUUGCAAGCCAGAUUGAGGGCCGCGGCAAGUUUACUUGGCCAGAUGGCUCCAAGUACGAGGACUGUGUCUAUCAGGGAUCGAAAUGUCGGCCACGAUCGACGGCCACUGUCGUCCACGUUACUGCUGUUGUGCCAUCAGCAGUGAUUGCAGGGAGAACUUAUGGCUGGACGAAGGAAUGGCCAGAACUUCAGACACGCUGUAUCACAUUGUUUUGCACUGUCAUGGAUGCUGGCUCAGGUGAUGGUGCCUACGAAGCUCUUGACGGUCCGCUGAGUUGUUUGUUCAGGGCUGUAUGGCCGUGGCAUGUCGACUUGGAAGGAAAGACUCGUUACGAUGGCCAGUGGUUAGAUGGAAAGCGGCAUGGGCAAGGCAAGCUCACCUACAGUUCCGACACCACGUCGUACUACGAUGGUGGAUGGCAGGCCGGCCAAAAGCAUGGCCAUGGCAAGCAGUUGUGGCCUAGCGGAAAUUGCUACGAGGGUGAAUGGAAGCUUGGGAAAAUGAGCGGACAGGGCACCAUGAUUUGGAGAAAUGGAACCAGUGCCGAAGUCUACACAGGUGAGUGGGUAGACAAUUGCCCGCAUGGGGAAGGAACUCACACCUGGCUUACCAUGGACCCCAGCACGGAUGCUGCGACCACAGAAAGCUGGCUGAAUCGUCCGGCAUCUCCACCUUCUGCACAGGUCACGGGCUCACCUGGUAUCAACUCGCAACAGGAGCUCCGCCGACAUGAAGCUCAAAUCCAUGCGACCCAGCAGCUCAACAAUCGUUACACGGGCCAGUGGGUGUGGGGACGACGUGAGGGCACUGGAACAUUCUACUAUGCCAACGGCGCAUACUACCAUGGCGAGUGGAAAAGCAACGUCAAAGAGGGCCAUGGCCGGCAUACCUUCGACGACGGCAAAGUUUAUGAUGGGAAGUUUGAAGUAGAUCGCAUGGUGGACUACAGCCGGCCUGAGCCUUCUUCGAAAGGUUUGGAUGACAAUCCCAUUUGUGGCUGCACAGACAUCUCCGACAUGGAGGUUAUCUUGAGGCCGUCAGACAAAGCCGGCUUCACGCAAACACCCGGAUCUGGCUACAGCGACCCGACCAAGAUUUUGCACGGGAAGGGCAUCUACAAUGUGCUGUUGAGGAACCUGGGAGACCUCAGGGAGGGGUAUUCGCGGUCCCGAUCCGUGCAACCUCAGCUCGGUGAGGAUCCGCAUGUGAUGACCCUCGUGCAGUUCUGGAGCCUGGCCCGGGAUUCUGGCGUUCUCACGCCGCAGAGCUCCAUCGCCCGCUUCGACCGUGCGAUAUUCUCUGGCCCUAGGCACCAAAGUGAAAUGGCACCAGAAGAUGAGCAGGAGCUCGAAGACUUGUUUCCUCCAUCGGACAAAAUGGCUACGAUCUCUUUGCCUAGGACAGGCUCGUCUUCCUCCUCGAAAACCGUGGAGGCAUGCCGGCAAGUAGUGGUUGCUGAAAGCAAGGAGCAAGAGUUCUGGGACGAGGCUACUGAGGCAUUGUACGACCUCUUCGAAGCCGGAGGAGCCUCAGGCAGCCAAGCCUUGGGAAAGAAGUUUCUCCGUUCCAGUGCUUCAGAUGGGAACCUCGUGCACAUACAUGCGCCGGCUCGGCCGCUGCUGUUUCGGCAGUUUCUGGAAAGCUUCGUCCGGAUGGCGCCCAUGCGCUUUCCCAAGGAGCAGGGUUUGGAGCAGCAGGUCAUGCGCCUCUUCAAGGAGCAGGUGGCCCCGUGUCUCAAGACGGUCUCGGGCAGCAAGUCCGAAGGCGGAGGCCUCAUCAGCAUGCUUGCCAACUUCCGUCGUCCGGCAAGCUCUGCCUUCGGGCUGUUCACACAGCCAGAGGUGCGGGAGGUCGUGCACGAGUUGGAGCCGGUGCUCUGGAAGAUUUUCGUAGAGCUCUCCGGGGAUGCAGGAGCCAAUGAGGCAGUCAAAAGCAUCCGCGGUGGUGGGAUCUUCUCUGGAUCUGGUGGUCUCGGAGCAAAUCCUUCAAACAGAAAGGUCUGCGCCUGA